UCCCUCGCGCGCAAGCAAACCAACGAUACAACCAACACCUCCUCCGAUCCAAAUGGCCUCGCUCCCCGAUCCCAAGCCCCCUCCUUCCGGCGCCGCCGACCUCGAGAACCCCGUCGCCGACCCCGCGAACCAUCAUCUGCCGACCCCGCUGUGACUUCCGUUGUUCGCCGGUGGAGACGUGAGGAUCUCACCGAGAAGGCUGGAUUGAUCCUUAGAGGCUUGGGAACCCUCUUCUCUGUCCUCGCUUUCGUCGUCAUGGCUUCCAACAAGCAUGGUGACUGGCAGGACUUCGAUAAAUACGAAGAGUAUAGGUAUUUGGUGGCUAUCUCGGUGCUUGCGUUUCUCUAUUCCGCUGCUCAGUUGGGGCGGCAAGUGCACCGGUUUAGUUCCGGCAAGGACUUGUUGUCGCCGAGAACUUCGGUGUUCGUGGAUUUUGGUGGUGAUCAGAUCAUCGCUUACUUGCUAAUCUCGGCAACAUCAGCUGCAAUACCGAUGACAAACCGAAUGCGACAAGGAGCUGAUAACCUCUUCACAGAUGCAUCAUCAGCUGCCAUUAGCAUGGCCUUCUUUGCAUUCGUUGCACUUGCUCUAUCAGCCAUGCUAUCUGGAUAUAAACUCUCUAAGCAAACUUACAUAUAAAGAUAUCAUCCAUUGUUUCUUCUUCUUCUUUGUGUUUGCAUUUUUCCAUUCCAUAUGUUGAUUUGAUUUUAUUGUUAUCAAUUAUUUUGUUGUGUUGUUGUAUAUCCAUAGAUUUGUCUAUUACUUCAUCUUGUUGUAAAACAUUUAUUAAAUUAAAU